AUGAGCCAAACAUUUAAGCAAGCAGCUGAAUCAGCUCGCUCAAAGGCUCGAGGCGACUCGGCUGCCAUUGCCAAUGACCUUCUCCACACACCUCUCAUGAGGGCCGCCCUCCCCUUCAUCAACGGAGGUAUCGCCGGCAUGGUAGCCACCACAGUCAUCCAGCCUGUCGACAUGGUCAAGGUCCGCAUCCAACUCGCUGGCGAGGGAACUGCCACUGGCCCCAAGCCCAGUCCCUUGGCUGUCACUCGACAGAUCAUCGCCAGCGGAAAGUUCCUUGACCUUUACACUGGUCUAUCAGCAGGUCUUCUGCGCCAGGCCGUCUACACCACCGCCCGCUUGGGCAUGUUCGACACAUUGAUGGGCAACCUGUCCGCCCGAGCAAAGACUGAAGGCCGAACAGUCGGUUUCAAGGAGAGAGCCACUGCCGGUCUUACCGCUGGUGGUAUUGCUGCCAUGAUCGGUAACCCUGCUGAUCUUGCUCUCAUCCGAAUGCAGAGUGAUGGCCUCAAGCCCCUCGCCGAGCGAAAGAACUACAAGUCCGUCAUUGAUGCUCUCAGCAGUAUCGCAAAGAGCGAAGGUGUCGGUGCUCUUUGGGCCGGUGCUGCUCCCACAGUGGCCCGCGCCAUGGCUCUCAACUUUGGUCAGCUUGCCUUCUUCAGUGAGGCCAAGGUCCAACUCAAGAAGAACACCGAUCUCUCUGCUCGAACUCAGACUCUCACUGCCAGUGCCGUUGCUGGUUUCUUCGCUUCCUUCUUCUCACUGCCCUUUGACUUUGUCAAGACACGUCUGCAAAAGCAGUCCAAGGGCCCCGACGGAAAGCUCCCCUACCGAAGCAUGAUCGACUGCUUCUCCAAGGUUGCCAAGCAGGAGGGUCUCGGCCGCUUCUACCGUGGUUUCGGCACAUACUACAUCCGCAUCGCUCCUCACGCUAUGGUGACACUAAUCGUUGCUGAUUACCUUGGCUUCAUCACCAAAUAA